UUAUUUUUUCAGAUUUUAAACUCUCUUAUUGAAAAUUCUAGCUUCGAUUCUGAUCCAAUUCAGAGUAGUAGUUACCCCGAAUGAAGGAAGCUUCUAUUUAUAGAAAGUCCUAAGUUCUUUCCAGAACCUACGAAGAUAUUUUCCUUUUUAAGUAACUUUAGAACCUACGAAUGUAUCACAUGGGCCAAUUUUUCGCUAAAUAGCCACGUGGAGUAAUCAGUGUUGUUCAUUACGUGGCCUACAUUUGAGUUAACUUGGUGUGCAGCAAGUAUUCCAAGCUCACUCUACCGAAGCCACAUAUACCCAAACGAAAUCUAUAAAUAAGCACACAAUUCUAUAUAUCAUACAACAGACAAAAUUCAGCUAAGAAAAAAAAAAUGAAUAGAUUCCGUCAAGAUUCUCUACUUGAAGAAAAUAACAGUUAUCCCCUCGCACACAAGCUGACUGAAAACCAAGAACUUUACUACAUGGUGUCAGCUCUACGACAUGUUGUCUCCGGCGCCGGCGCCGGCGACGUCCGAGCGAACGGAGAAGCUGCUCAGCUUUUGUUGGAAGUACAAAAUGCUAGCGGUGGUAGUUCAUCCACGUCAGCUAAUUCGAUGCCACGUAGGAGCAGCAUUAAUGUGGAGUUGGGGAAGGGGAAGAAGAGGAGAAGGAGGAAUAUGAAAAAGGAAUUUAGGGGAGUGAGACAAAGACCAUGGGGAAAAUGGGCCGCGGAGAUCCGUGACCCGCAUAAAGCCCAACGACUUUGGCUUGGUACUUUUGCUACUGCUGAAGAUGCUGCUAGAGCUUACGACAAAAAAGCUAUAGAAUUUAGAGGUGAAAAGGCUAAAACCAAUUUUCCUAUUUCAGAAUAUACUGCUAGGGCGGUCAAUGAUGAGAUUAACAAGUUGGCUAGUGUAGUAAUGGAAGAAGAGAGAGAAUUAUUAGUACAAGUCCUUAAUGGUGGUGACGUGGCUGUUAAUGGUGAAAAUGGUAGUAGUAUACAGAAUGGUGAUGAAGACGACUUUUGGGAGACGUUAGAAGAUGAUGGACUUGUCAAAUGGAUAUGUUCGGCUUAGGUUUUUCUGUAUGAUGAAAAAUAUCUCAUCUCUUUGGGUUUGUUUUUUUCGAGUUCGGAAUCUAAAAGUUAUAAAAUAUUAACAAAAAUUUUAAAACGGUUUAUAAAUUUUUAUUUUAAUCAAAAGGGCAAAAUUGCUACCAGAGCAGCGAUGUUGCUCGCCGGAAAAAAUAAAAUUGCUGCAAUAGCAGCGAUUUUUAAAAUAAUUUUUUUAAAUGAUUUUUAAAAAUAAGUAGUAAAUAAAAAUUGCUGCUUAGGCAAUUUAUUAAAAAAUUAUUUAAAAAAAUUAUUUUGCAAAUUGUUGUUAUUGCAGUGAUUUUGCUUUUUUGGGUGCUUUUUCGGGCAAAUAACAUUGCUGCUCUUGUAGCAAUUUUACCCUUUUGAUUAAAAUAAAAAUUUAUAUACCGUUUUAAAACUUUUAUUAACAUUUUAUAUUUUUAGGUUCCAAACUAUUGGUUUUUCGUUUGCUUCGACUUCAUUUGCGUGGCUACUAAGGAGUGGUAGGCAAUAUCUUGUAGACUCUAGUAUUUAGUAAUGUAUUGCACUGUUAAAAGAGGGUGCAAUCAUUUAUUAUAUUUUUUAAAAAAAGAAAUACUAAUAGUCUUAAAUACAUAAAAAAGAACUUU